AUGCUCUCUUCCCAGCUCUACGUAGCGUUUUGUGCGUUAUUCAUACUGCCUUUUUAUUUUUGUGUAGUCGAUGCACAGGCCUCUGUCGAUUUCGAUAACGGAAUGUUCAAGCUGCAGUGGACGCAUGACGAUGGAAAGCUGGUUUUCAAUAUGACUUGUAAGACUAUAGGCUGGUGUGGAGUGGGCUUCGCCCAGACUUCUGAUGGCAAGGGAAUGGUAAAUUACGAUAUGGCUGUAGGUGGUGUUGACUCCAACUCGGCGUUAUAUCUUGAUGUAAGUCAGUCUCCCAACUUGUGUUUCUACUAACAGUUAUACUAAAGAAAACGGAAAAUUGUUAAUUGAAAGGUUAGAAAAGUGAACCGGUUUGAUAAUGGAUACAACAUAAAAGGAAUUAUGCAAUUUGAGUCAAAAAGUAAGUGUCACUUUUGGAGGCCAUAUGUACCACAGUGUUUUAAAAUAUUUUUAAUACUCUUUAAACAAUAAACUGAGAGAGAGAGAGGCCAAAAAAAAGAAACGAAAAGAGGGGUACUAGGUCCAAAAAAUACCAUGAGUACACGAAGUUUCAGUGCUAUACACUGGCUAUGUAAAUACUGGGAGUAUCGAAAGGGAGUAAGAGUUGUUAUCUCGAUGAUAGUGUCAAUUGCUUGAUGGCGCGUUGUAUCUCAUAUGUGUAACUGCUUCUCAGUUUGUUUUGUGCCGCUACACCGACUUCGAAAAACCAUAUAUGUCACUAUUUUUGUUUGACGCUAUUCGUUUAUUCGUUUAGGCUUCAACUUUCAAUUGAUAAUUAUAGACUGUGGGCAGUAAGGAAAAUAAACAAAAGUCACCAGACAAGUGAUGAUGUACAAUAUUUCUUCAUCUAUUUCCUUAAUUUUUUUUACACAGGGAUACCAAAGCACUGGUCCAGGAAUACCAACAAAAGAUCCCACUCCAGAUUACAGGCUCAUAAGAGCUUCAGAAGAGAAUGGAUAUACUAAUAUACAGUUUGAAAGGAUUGAUACUACAGAAGGGGACGACAAAGAUGUUCAGUUUACGGUAAGAAGUGAGACGUAUUUUAUUUCCAGUGUUAAAAACAGGGAAAAUACAAAAUGAACAUAAUUUUAUAGGGCGAAUGCAUGAUAGGAACUGAAUGGGACUGGCCUCACUCUAUUUUAAUUUACUACAAUUUUUAGACUGUUACACAGGUUCAGUCCCCCUUUUCCUUAAAAACUAAGGUCUCACGAGUUGGGGGGUUUACGGCUAUAGCAGAUUCUAGCUUCCGAUACAGCUGAAUAACUAGGCACAUUUUUACGGUUAAUUCAGAAUCCUUUUUUUUUUUCUCUUUUUGAUCUUCAGAGUAACAGCGAAGUUUGGAUAGUUAGGGCUUGGCAGAAUAACUACGACGCUCCCUUGGGUCUCGACAACUCAACCUUGCAGCACAGCCACACAGGAGUGUCAACAAAAAAGUACAACUUGAUCAAGGAGGCAACAGCAAAUGGCAUGAAGACGAGAGUUACGACAUAUACUAUUCUGUCCUUGAUCGUAUUCACUUAUUUGCUCUAAAUCUGGAGUUUCGCACCGUUUUCUAAAACGUUUGAAAACUAUCGCAUUAUACGCCAGUACAAGACUGUAUGUUACAUUACGGACAAGUCCGGCUUUUAAUUUGGACACUGAUUUUUUAAUGUAUGUAUGUAUUCCCACCCCUACUUAUUUAGCUAGCAUCUAAGAGGGCCCUUUAGAUGAGGCUUAUAUUGAAAACUGCGCCCCUUCCUGCAUCGCAUCCUGAUCUGUUGUAAUUUGUGAUCUGAUUGGCAUAAUUUGUAAUUAAUAGCUGUCGUAUUUUGUAGAUAAAUUUGUCGCAAAUUGCACGUAAUGAGCAAAAUUUUUGUUAUUCCUAACAAAAUUUUGUCAUUGUAAUUUAUGAUAAGCAAAGCUGUCGUGAUUAAUUUUGUCUUACUAAUUUUAUAAGAGACAAACCUGAUUGAAAAAACGUUGUCGCUUGAAAAGUAUAAGCCAUGGCGAUGGGACGAAAUAGAUUUUAAGGCUGGAACUUUAUUAGCAUAGCAACUUUAAAGUUCUUUCCAUAAAAGAUUGCAUAAUUAUAUUAUCGAAGCUAUUCGCGACGAUGCAGUCCAAAAAAGAUCAAACGGAUUCCAGUUUUCUUGGCGAUAAGCUAACAACUUCACCUGUACAUUGAAGGCACAUCAGAGAUCUCUACAGUUGAAGAGUGUAGCCAUUUCGCUAACGCACACUUGAAAAUCAUAACAUAGGACCUAAAAUCUUUUUUGGAAGACAUAAAUAGACAGCGAUAUGCCUCGGAACAGGUACUCAAAUCUAGAGAUGCAACGGCACGAGCAGCUGGUGACAAUGUUAACCUGUCAUUUUUUAAAGAACUUGGAAUUUGCUUUGCUACAAGGGUUGUUAAAGUGCGACUAUUGUACAUAACCCGUGCCAACUAGACAAACUGACCAAUCAGAUUACAGGAAAAUAACACUGAUCAGUUGUCGCACUGUCACUGGUAAAUUGCAAUCUCUGAAAAUAUGUAAAACGCCGCGUGAGAUCGGGAGCAGCUAAAAUGGAACUGAUGGCGGGCGGGCGCGCUCGAGAAUAAAGUUGCUGACUUGAUAGCUUGGAAAAACAACCGGUACAACAAAAUUUAAUUUCCCUCUUGAGUUUUGGUCUUCAAACGUCUAAAAUAACUAGAUUGAAAGACCACUGAACUCCACUCUCCACCAUACAAUUCUGCUCUUUCACAAUUUGCGCAUGAUUGCAGCUGCUAAUGCCGAAAAACACACAUUUUUAUUUUGCAAAUGAUAAAUGUUAGUUGUGAAUUAAAGCAAAACAAAAGGCCGGAACAAUGAAAGACACGCUACACUAAGAUCCUCUUACUAAACAUAUAUUAGGUAACCCUCUCCUCUUUUGAUGUAACCGAAGUAGAGUCAAAUUUUAAGCUGGGAUUUAGUUAACUUUCCGUUUCCUCACAAUACUAAGCAGGUUGAAUAGUCUUAAUUCAAAAUGAAAAAAAUAGUAACGAAUUCUUCGGAAAAAAGGCCAAAUAUGUUUUCGUGACUAACAGGUUGUUUAUACGCUUGUUGUGGUCUGAUUUCCUAUCUAAUUAGUAUAUUAGAACAAUGGACUUAACUUUACUUUUCUUUAGUUAAACGUGACGUCCCAGUUCAAAAUAUAAUACACAGAAAAAUACCAACGAUCGGUUUGAAAAAUACAGAUACGUGUCCAAAAGGUCACAGCGAUGGUCUUACCAUUCGGAGGAUAUAAAUUCGAUUCCUUCCCCACCGCUAGGUUAGUUUUGUUUAUUUCGGCCACUCUCGUCAGACAUGGACAACUGGUUUGCCCCUCCCAAAUCGGGGAACGCUUUGCAUGUCAUGAUCAUUUUCCGAUUUGAAUUAGCUGCUUCACUUAUUUGCCCAGCCCGCUAGUGACUCUUUUUAAAUUUGUUUUGUAAAUACCAACGAGAACAAUUUAACGUCAUUCAAGUUUUUGUAAUUAUUUUCGAACAGCUAAAAAAAGCUUUUAUUUUAAAUUUGGUCAGCCACUGCAAUAUUGUAUCCAUUGCUGAAAAAACUGGCCAACGCACAUGGCUGUACGUAGCUAUGCAAUAUCGGCAGCCAAAUACUUCUUUUUGUAAAAGUUACGGCACCGAAACCUGCUUUUAAAAAAACUUUUAUAUAAAUAAUCGCACUGUUUGUUGAGCCUAAAUUUCGAACUCUUUGAUGCAUUAACAUAUCAAAUGGAAAAUAUGAUCUCUCUUCAAUUUUAACCCAAGAAUCCACUUUUCGUGUCUUUUCAUUGCUGUCAAUAUAGUUCACAAAUAUUUGAAUGACCAACUUCGCCUAAAAUGUUCUUAGUUCAAAAUUAAAACAUUCAGAGUUAAAAGUUAAUAAACUGUAAUGAUUGAACAAAACAAAUGAAUCUUUUUGAACCAGAAUCAGUCUUAAUGUCUGCGAAUAAUCUAGAUUUCAAGCAAACUAUUUUCGGAGCCAAUUUAAAUGUUUUUAGAUUGAAAGGCAUUAACUUAAUUAGAAAACAUUUUCAAUUGAACGAAUCAAAAGCUAUUUUUUUAUGAAAUAUAUGAGCUAAAAAAAGCUUUUAUUUUAAAUUUGGUCAGCCACUGCAAUAUUUUAUCCACUGCUGAAAAAAACUGGCCAACGUACCUGGUUGUGCGGAGCUAUGCAAUAUCUACAGCCAAAUACUUCUUUUUGUAAAAGUUACGGCACCGAAAGAAAUCCCACUUUUAUAUAAAUAAUCGCACUGUUUGUUGAGCCCCAAUUUCGAACUCUAUGACCCAUAAACAUGUCAAAUGGGACAAAUGAUCUUUCUUCAAUUUUAACCCAAGAAUCCACUUUUCGUGUUUUUUCAUUACUGUUAAUUAAUAGUUCACAAAUAUUUGAAUGACCAACUUUGCCUAAAUGUCCUUAGUUCAAAAUUAAUCAUUCAGGUUAAAAGUUAAUAAACUGUAAUGAUUGAACAAAACAAAUGAAAUUUUUUGAACCAGAAUCCUAAUGUCGGCGAAUAAUCUAGAUUUCAAGCAAACUGUUUUCGGAGCCAAUUAAAAUGUUUUUAGAUUGAAAGGCAUUAACUUAAUGAGAAUUGAACGAAUCGAAAGCUACUUUUUUAUGAAAUAUAUGAGGCAGAAGUCAGUAACACAUUUUCCCAGCUGACAUAGACUGAAAGCUUUAACUGAAACACAAUACUUACACACAAGUAAGCCGAAAGAGUGUAAUCUGUAGUCAGUGCUGCUACAAAGUGCCGACAACAAUAAUAGUCUUAAAAACAUAUAUAAUGUGUGGAUGACUCUAUCUCAGUACUCAGCCUUUGUUUAUCUGGCUCAGUAUAGUGGUCUGCCGUAAGGACAAGUAAAUCAUAAUAUAAGUGUUCAUAUCAGUAUUUCUUUGUUGUAACUACGCAAUUUCUUUUAAAAAAGUUUUAACUUACGUAUGAUGCGCGUAAUCCAAAAGGUUUUCAGUUAAUUAUAAAUAUCAUGAAACAAGCUAGGUUCUUAUAGUACACCACACAGCAGCUUAGCCACAGCCGGAAAACAUGAUGGUCCCUUCCCAGUUCUCUUGUCUUUGUGUGCUAGUUUUAUUACCUUACAAUUUUUUCGCUGUCGAUGCGUUGAACUAUGUCAGCUUUGAUUCCGAUAAUGGAAUGUUCAAGCUGCAAUGGGCGCAUGACAAAGGCAAGCUGGUCUUCAACAUGACAUGUAAAACUACGGGUUGGUGUGGAGUGGGCUUUACAGAAAGUUCUGAAGGCAGAAGGAUGGAAAAUUACGAUAUGGCUGUUGGUGGUGUACAUGUCGCCUCCAACACGCCAUACCUUGAUGUAAGUCUCUCAACCAGUUCUUUAGUUUAUUAUAAUGAUAAAAAUACUCUAAACAUGCGCUUGCAAGAAUAGGAAAACGAUCUGACGUGAUAAAGAGUUUACGAAUCAUUUAAUUAUGACUUAAAAAGCUAAAUUUGGCUCGUUUGGGGAAGUCAUAGUUAUAUACAGUAGCGCUCUCAUUGUAUGACUGCCGAUUCCUUACUGACGGUUAUAGACUAUUACAAAUAUUCAGCCUUACUUUGCGUGAGGGAAUCAAUCGGUUCCAAUUAAAAAACCAGAUGCUUUUAGGAGCUACUUUACUUCACCUUCAUAUCCUUUCUUAAGGCUUACAAGUAAGAUUGACAAGUUAGUGAAUGAGCCUUUUCCUCCAACCUCGGACCCUGGGAACAGCUGUGGGAACGAGGCUGCCUUUUCCUGUCGUUAUCCACCAUUUCUCUUUGAUCAAAAACGUCAUCUGGCGUGUCCCCGCGUUUAUCGACUGUCCUAUCUAAAACUGAUCAUGCGCGUAAGGACUGUAUGUAUGAUCACAAUAUAUCAGUUAAUGGGAAGACUGAUAUGCUGUUCACCAGCAAUUGACAUUUCUUGAUGCAGUUAAUUAUUUCUGCGUCAACUGAAAAACUGAAGAGGACUUGUAGUUUUGGAAUCUGUUUCAUCCACUAAUGCAUUCAAGAAAGAUCUUCAAACUAUUUUAUGAAAUAACGCUUUAAUGGUGCACAGAGUGAAAAUCUCAUAACGCUAAAACUGAAAUUAAAACUUAAUUUUUGCCGGCAGGGAUACCAAAGCACUGGUCCAGGAAUACCAACAAAGGAUCCCACUCCAGAUUACAAGCUCAUAAAAGCCUCAGAAGAGAAUGGAUACACUAAUAUACAGUUUGAAAGGAUUGAUACUACGGAAGGGGACGAAAAAGAUGUUCAGUUUACGGUAAGAAGCGCAUGUAUUCUGCUCAUUAAAAUAAAGUCGCACAUAAUAUAAGAAAUGGACAUUUUUCUGAAUAUCUGUUCUCCUUUUGAUUUUUAGAGUGACAGUCAAGUUUGGAUAGUAAGGGCUUGGCAUAGCAACGACGCACACUUAGGUCUGAACGCAAACUUAAAACACAGCCACACAGGAGUGUCGACAAAAAAGUAUAACUUGAUCAUGGAGGCAGAGUCGACCACCGUAAAAAACACAGCCAGUGGCAUGCGGAGAAGAGUUGCGACAUUUGUUAUUCUUGCCCAGAUCGUUGCGCUUUGUUCCGUUCUAAUUUAG